AUGAACUGUCAGCGGCCCCUCUGGCGACUCCUCCGGACGGCACCAUCCCGGCGGGCCCGGGCCUUCUCCCAGUUCCCCGGCGCACCGGGCCAGAGUCCCUAUGGAGGCAUCCCGCUGCCGUACAUCACAGAGGUCUCAUCUGGCGGCUGGAAAACCUACGACAUAUUCUCCAAGCUCUUACAAGAGCGCAUCAUCUGCCUCAAUGGCGCCGUCGACGACACCGUGUCAGCCUCCAUAGUGGCCCAGCUGCUAUGGCUCGAGUCCGACAACCCCGAUAAGCCCAUUACCAUGUACAUCCACUCUCCAGGCGGCUCCGUCGUGGCCGGGCUUGCCAUUUACGACACCAUGUCCUAUAUCCGCUCGCCCGUCUCGACCGUGUGCCUCGGCCAGGCGGCAUCCAUGGGCUCGCUUCUCCUAGCGGGUGGCGAGAAGGGGAAACGCUAUGCUCUGCCGCACAGCAGCAUCAUGGUCCACCAGCCUUUGGGUGGCACUCAGGGCCAGGCGAGCGACAUUUUGAUCUACGCAAACCAAAUACAGCGGACAAGGGAACAGCUGAACGAGAUAUUCCGGAAGCACCUGAACCAGGCGCACGGCCACGAGAACUACGGGCUGAAGGAUGUCGAGGACAUGAUGGAUAGGGACAGGUACCUGAGUGCUCAGGAAGCCAAGGAUAUCGGCAUUAUUGAUGAGAUUCUGACGCGGAGGCCCGAGAAGAAGGAAGGCGAGAAGGGCAAGACUGAUGAGGCCCAGUCGUAA